UUCGCCUUUUAAAUUUUUUUUUUUUUGAUUUUUUUUUUGGCCCCCUCUCGCCUGUUGGGCAGAGCGGGGCGCGGAGGCGGGCUCGGGGGGCUGCUCUCUGCUGCCGGAGAGGUCUAUGGUGAUAGCACGGGGGCGGCCGGGCAGAAAGCGAGGCGCCGAGGGGGCUGAGGAGGGGGUUCGCCGCCGCGCCCGCCGCCGCUGAGGAGGAGGAGGAGGAGGAAGAGGCGAGGCACCAUUUGCUGCUCCCUGCCCCAGCCAUGGAGAACGCUCACACAAAGACUGUGGAGGAAGUUUUGGCUUAUUUCGGUGUCAACGAAAGCACCGGGCUCAGCUUGGAGCAAGUGAAGAAGCUGAAGGAGAAAUGGGGCUCCAACGAAUUACCAGCUGAGGAAGGAAAAACCUUACUUGAGCUUGUGAUUGAACAGUUUGAAGACUUACUAGUUAGAAUUCUGUUGCUGGCAGCUUGCAUAUCUUUUGUCCUGGCCUGGUUUGAAGAAGGUGAAGAAACAAUCACAGCAUUUGUAGAGCCUUUUGUAAUCUUACUUAUAUUAGUAGCCAAUGCAAUUGUGGGAGUAUGGCAGGAAAGAAAUGCUGAAAAUGCUAUUGAAGCUCUUAAAGAAUACGAACCUGAAAUGGGCAAAGUAUAUCGACAAGAUCGAAAAAGUGUACAGAGAAUUAAAGCAAGAGACAUUGUCCCAGGUGAUAUUGUAGAAGUGGCAGUUGGAGAUAAGGUUCCGGCUGAUAUAAGAAUUACUUCUAUCAAAUCUACAACUCUAAGGGUAGACCAGUCAAUUCUCACAGGUGAAUCUGUAUCUGUUAUUAAACAUACUGACCCUGUGCCUGAUCCUCGUGCCGUAAACCAAGACAAGAAGAAUAUGCUUUUUUCUGGUACUAACAUUGCUGCUGGUAAAGCUAUGGGAGUGGUUAUUGCAACAGGAGUAAACACUGAAAUUGGCAAAAUUCGUGAUGAGAUGGUGGCUACUGAACAAGAGAGAACUCCACUCCAACAGAAACUGGAUGAAUUUGGCGAGCAGCUGUCUAAAGUCAUCUCACUUAUCUGCAUUGCUGUUUGGAUAAUAAACAUCGGUCACUUCAAUGAUCCAGUUCAUGGUGGCUCCUGGAUUCGAGGUGCUAUCUAUUACUUUAAAAUUGCUGUUGCUCUUGCUGUUGCUGCUAUUCCUGAGGGUCUGCCUGCUGUCAUUACCACCUGCUUGGCUCUUGGAACUCGCAGAAUGGCCAAGAAGAAUGCUAUUGUUAGAAGUCUUCCCUCAGUGGAAACCUUGGGGUGCACCUCGGUUAUUUGUUCUGACAAGACUGGUACUCUGACCACCAAUCAGAUGUCAGUUUGCAGGAUGUUUGUCCUGGACCGAGUAGAAGGAGAUAGCUGUUCUCUGAAUGAAUUUACUGUAACAGGUUCAACAUAUGCUCCCAUGGGAGAAGUGCAUAAAGAUGACAAACUUAUUAAAUGUAGCCAGUAUGACGGUCUUGUGGAACUUGCAACGAUCUGUGCACUCUGUAAUGAUUCUUCUUUGGAUUACAAUGAAGCAAAGGGAGUAUAUGAAAAAGUUGGCGAAGCCACAGAGACAGCACUUACCUGUCUGGUUGAAAAGAUGAAUGUAUUUGACACGGACUUGAAAGGACUUUCUAGAAUUGAACGUGCAAAUGCUUGCAACUCGGUGAUAAAACAACUUAUGAAGAAAGAGUUCACUCUAGAAUUCUCAAGAGACAGGAAAUCAAUGUCUGUCUACUGCACACCGAACAAACCAAGCCGUACAUCCAUGAGCAAGAUGUUUGUUAAGGGUGCUCCUGAAGGUGUAAUCGACAGAUGUACGCAUGUCCGUGUUGGAAAUGCUAAAAUACCAUUAACAUCAGGAAUUAAGCAGAAAAUAAUGUCUGUUAUUAGAGAGUGGGGAACUGGCAGAGACACACUGCGCUGCUUGGCUCUAGCAACCCAUGACAAUCCACCCAGAAAAGAAGAAAUGAAUCUUGAGGACUCCUCAAAUUUCAUCAAUUAUGAGACCAACUUGACAUUUGUUGGUUGUGUGGGUAUGCUGGAUCCUCCAAGAAUUGAAGUAGCUUCAUCUAUAAAGCUGUGUAAACAAGCUGGUAUUAGAGUUAUUAUGAUCACUGGUGAUAAUAAAGGCACAGCAGUAGCCAUUUGCCGUCGGAUCGGUAUCUUUGUGGAAGAUGAAGAUGUUUCUACAAAAGCCUUUACUGGCCGUGAAUUUGAUGAACUUUCGCUAGCUGCACAGAGAGAUGCCUGUCACCAUGCCCGCUGCUUUGCCCGGGUAGAACCUUCCCACAAGUCUAAAAUUGUUGAGUUUCUUCAGUCUUUUGAUGAGAUUACAGCUAUGACAGGUGAUGGUGUCAAUGAUGCUCCUGCACUGAAGAAAGCAGAAAUUGGAAUUGCUAUGGGGUCUGGUACUGCAGUGGCUAAAACUGCUUCUGAAAUGGUUUUAGCAGAUGAUAAUUUCUCAACUAUUGUAGCUGCUGUGGAAGAAGGACGUGCAAUUUAUAACAACAUGAAACAAUUCAUCCGUUACCUGAUCUCCUCCAAUGUUGGAGAAGUUGUUUGUAUCUUCUUGACUGCUGCUCUGGGUUUUCCUGAAGCUCUAAUUCCUGUCCAACUGUUAUGGGUAAACCUUGUGACGGAUGGUCUCCCUGCUACUGCUCUGGGCUUUAAUCCUCCUGAUCUUGAUAUCAUGAAUAAGCCUCCCCGCAACCCAAAAGAGCCACUGAUCAGUGGAUGGCUCUUCUUCCGUUACCUAGCUAUUGGAUGUUAUGUUGGAGCUGCUACAGUGGGUGCUGCUGCUUGGUGGUUUAUCGCUGCUGAUGGUGGUCCAAGAGUAACCUUUUAUCAACUGAGCCAUUUUCUGCAGUGCAAAGAGGACAACCCAGAUUUCUCAGGUGUCGACUGUGUGGUUUUUGAGUCUCCAUAUCCUAUGACAAUGGCGCUGUCUGUUCUUGUCACUAUAGAGAUGUGCAAUGCUCUCAACAGUUUAUCAGAAAAUCAGUCCUUAAUGAGGAUGCCCCCAUGGGAAAAUAUCUGGCUGGUGGGCGCUAUUUGCUUGUCCAUGUCACUCCACUUCCUUAUCCUUUAUGUGGAACCGCUGCCAAUUAUCUUCCAGAUCACACCUCUGAAUGUGACACAAUGGCUGAUGGUGUUGAAAAUCUCACUACCUGUCAUUCUGCUGGACGAAACACUUAAAUACGUGGCCCGUAACUACCUGGAACCUGGUAAAGAUAGUGUGCGGCCUGCCACCAAACCAUGUUCUUUGUCAGCAUGCACCGAAGGAGUUUCCUGGCCGUUUGUGUUCAUUACUAUGCCCCUGGUUAUCUGGCUUUACAGCACAGACACUAACUUUAGUGAUAUGUUCUGGUCUUGACUGACAUGGUGACCGUUUUACAUUCAAAGAAAAAGUUUAACUUAAUCAAUUUUUUUAUUAUUUAGAGCAACUGUCUAUUUCUGCUGAAUUUUCACAUGAACAUAUUUGCCGGUGAUGGAGGUUUCAUACUCUUGAUUUUGUUUUUGUUUUUUUUUGCUUUUUCUGACUUCAGUGGGGGCAAUAUAUUCCUCUUUUAUACACAGUUAAAGUGUCCAUUGAUGUGUACAGAGAACUAACACUAUUUUAUGCAAAUAUUUUUUUGUAGAUGAGAAGCAUGUACAGUGUUCUGUUCAAUAGUCUGUUCAUCCUGUAAAAAAUUUUUUUUGAGCCAGCGGACACUAUCGAACUAAAUUGGCAGCAGAUUUUAGGGAAUGAAUGUGUGUUGUCUAAAACUAAAAAAGCAUGUAACUGUUUGUCUUCUGCAUGAUCAUCCAAACUUAGUUUGUCAUAUAGUCAGGUUUUACUCAUAAGCUGAGCUUUCUGCACUGGGUAGACAGUACUGCUACCUCAGUCAGGAUUUCUUCUUGGUUUGCCCCUCUUCCAGCUCCCUCACUUCUGGUUCUUGACUGUCCUUGUUUACAGCAGUUUCUGUAUGAGGUAUGCCUAGUCUUGCUCGUGCAGAAAAUACCAUUCCAGGUGCAGCCUGCUGGGUUCUUCCAUAUUCUCAACAUGCGUAGGGUUUUUUUUUAAGAUUAUUUAUUUAAGUGUCUAUUGUAUUUUAUUGUAACAGACCUUGUUUUGCCAGUGUUGCCCAUUUUGCAGGGAUAAGGAGGGCUAUUUCAGUCUAUUAAAUCAAAACCAAGCCUUUUUACUAACACAACCUGUUUGAGUUCCAAAAGAGAAUUUAAGUUGAAUUUUGAUACCUUAUUUACAUGCAUUGGAUCUUUUUUGUUUGUUUGGGUUUUUUGUUUUUUUUUUUUUUUUUUUUGUUUGUUUGUUUGUUUUGUUUUGGUCUCCCUCCCCCUUAAAAAAAAAAAAAAAGGCAAAAAAAAAGCAAAACUUUGAUAAUCAGACCUGGAAAAAUAACUUGCACUGCAUAGCUAGAAAUUGGAUUUUCUAUACUUAGGGCACUAAUGAUCAGUUGUAUACAUGGAGUUACUCUGCUGGCCUGUUGUUAGCCUGACUUGAAGUAACAAGCUCGUGUGUGUGUUUUGUAAAAUCUGUAAAUAGCACAUGACCAAAUUGAACAUAUUGUAUAGAACUAUUUUUAUUUUAAUGUGGCACUAACCACCUUCAUUAUUACGAUAAAUGUUAAAGCAUGUUUUCAAAUUCAGUCCUGUAUCAACAAUGUGUAAGUCAUUAACAGUCCUAACUGUGGUGUUUUUCUCCAAUGCCUUCCAACUUUCAUCGACUAAAGUGAGUAUUUCUCUUCCAUUUCACCAUACCAGUGGUGACUUGCUGUAAAAUAGCAUAUGCUGUAUACAUGUCAAAGAAUAAAUAGUAAUUUCCUUCA